AUAAAUUUACAAAAAAGUCAUGUUGCAAGCUGUAUUAAAAAAUAAGAAAGAAACAUUUAUGAAUUUUUGUGCACCUUGCUUACAACCUAAAGUUACAUGUGAUACUAUCAGUACAGAAGGAUACGAAGUGACGAAUCUUAUAGAAGAUCCUUGUAAAGGCUUUUUAGCUUAUUCUUGUAUCAAACCACCAGUUCAAAUUGUUUUUACAUUUCCUUGCAAUAUACAAAUUCAUCAUAUUUGUAUAUGGCCAUCGGUUGGUUCUCAAAAAUCAUCUGGUUUUCAAGUUUAUGCAAAGACAGAUAAUGAUUUUAUACCAUAUACUUUAUUAUCGAGUGGAUGUUUAAGUGCAAAUGAUAACGGUGUGUUGUUUUAUGCAGCUAAUGUAAAUCCAGCUAAUAUUUCAGUACCACCUAACUUCUUGAAACGUUAUAUAAAAGGAUCAGCAUGGUAUACAAUAUCUCAAACUAAAAGUUUAAAAGUAUCUAUAUUUAGAACACAAAGUUCAGUGCCAGCACUAGGUAAAAUUGAAGUAUGGGGAUCUGUAUCACCGAAUACUAGCAGAGAUAUUAUAAGAAGUGUAGAAGCUUUAUGGUCAUCAUCUCAAACACCUGUAUGUCUACCUACAAUAAAUCAUCAAUCUAGUAUUUCUGCUACCAAUAUCAAGGAUGUUGAUAUGCAGAAUACGAACAAAGCGGAAACUUCACUGGAAGUACCGGAUUGUUUUUUGGAUGCAAUUACAUAUGAAAUUAUGACCCAACCAAUUAUGUUGCCAAGUGGUAAGAUUAUUGAUCAAAUUACAUUGGAAAAACAUGGAAAAAGCGAAGCUUCAUGGGGUAGAUCUUUGUCAGAUCCUUUUACUGGGCUUCCAUUUAAUGAAAUUCGUAGACCUACUAUAGUAACUGCAUUAAAAGCUAGAAUAGAUAAAUUCUUACUUGAACAUUCAAAUAUGAAUGAAAUUAAAAGAUUACCACGAGUAUUAGGUGGUAAAUCCUCUAAUCAAUAUGUUGCUGCAUGCCAAAUAAAUAGAAAUACAAGAGAAGCUAAUUCACUGACAAAUAGUUCAAUUAAAAUAAAUAAUAAUAAUAAUAAUUUACAAAUAAAUAAUGCGAUGAAACGAAAAAGCCAAUGUCAUAGAUUACCAAUAACUACAAUUCAAUCAAAGACUGUUCCUUACGCGAAAAGAUUCAAAAUGUCUAAUGUUGAUUCUUUGAAAAACUGUAAUAAUGAUGUAGAAAUAAUUAACGAUAAACAAAUUCACCAAAAUAAUGUAGAUAGCGAUAUUGAUGAUGAUGUUAGACUUGAAUUAUCUUGUAUUAAACGUUUUAGUACACCAAAAAGUCUUCAACUCAAUACUUCAAUUUUAAAUAACUGCAAUUGUUGUACAUAUAGUAUAUUAUAUAAACUGCCAUGUAAUCAUGUGGUGUGCAGACGAAUAUUAACCACAAGUACAAAUAAUCAGUGUCAAUUAUGUGGUUUAAUUUAUCAAAAAAGUACUGUUGAACGUAUACAUAAUUAAAUGUAAAUAUUUGAAAUAUUAUA